GUUUACGACUUGCGCCCAACGCCGUGGUGAACGAUCCAUUGAAUUUUCACAUCAAGAGAUCACGACGAAGUGACUAAGGUCUCACAGCAAUUACUCGCAGAACCGCCCAUCCGUCCUAUACCGCCCAGAAUCGAUUCAGACUCCCAUCCGCCUUUCGCUGUGAAAACAUUGAAAUAUGGGUGUCGCCAAACGAACAAGAAAAUUCGCCACGGUCAAGCGCAUGAUCGGUCGGAAGGAUGACCGCCGCAAAGAGGAAGCAGUCAAGAAGGCCGAGAUGGAACUCAAGAAGAAGGAGAAGCAGGCCGUGCGCGAAGUACCUCAGAUGCCGUCAUCUAUGUUCUUUCAGCACAACGAGGCUUUGGUCCCUCCCUACCAAGUGCUCGUAGAUACCAACUUCCUGUCGAGGACAGUAGGAGCCAAGCUGCCGCUGUUAGAAACGGCCAUGGACUGCCUCUACGCAUCAUGCAACAUCAUCAUCACAUCCUGUGUUAUGGCUGAGUUGGAGAAACUAGGGCCAAAGUACCGGGUAGCUCUGAUGAUUGCCCGCGAUGAGAGGUGGACGCGCCUGACUUGCGAUCACAAAGGCACAUAUGCCGAUGAUUGCAUCGUGGACCGCAUACAAAAACACCGCAUUUACAUCGUUGCCACAAACGAUCGUGAUCUCAAGAGGAGAAUUCGCAAGGUCCCCGGCGUACCUAUCAUGUCCGUCGCAAAAGGCAAGUAUGUCAUCGAGAGACUUCCGGGCGCCCCCGCCACCUGAGGCGUCCGCGGGAUAUCCAGGACAGGACACCAGUCAGCGACCGGUCGGCGAUAAUGUUGCCUAAAGCGCCGAGGCCCGUUGAAUGAGCAUGAGCUCCGACAGACCUGCGGCGCGUAGAACGCUGGCUCGUUUCUUCAUAACGACGGCUCCUCCCGAAUUGCCCGUCUGUUUCCUCCUGAAUCACAUCAUGGGUGCCUCCGGGCCUACGAUGGCGUUGUUCUCGCAAGUGGGAGUCGGUCGGAAAAAGAACAAUAUGCUACAAAGUAGCGGCUUGACAGGCAGACACGGCCCUGACAUUGAUGGGGUUGGGAAAGAUGGUGCGGUUGUCCCGGUGUUGGUAGAGUUCGCCAAGGUGAAGAACGGUGGUUGGUGUCAGCUAGCCGCCAUUACUCGCAUUGUGCUACCAAAAAUGAUGGGGAGAUUGGAAUGCGGUUGGUACGGGUACCGUGAGACCAAAGUUCGAUCAAAGCUGUCGCUG